AUGCACGUGAAGCCUCUUCCUGGGCAUGCCUCUUAUAUUCUUCCGUCAAAUUUUGAAGAAGUGGCUACUGGUGUGCUGAAGGUUUUAAACAAUUUGGCACUCUUGGAUAUUGCUUUUCUGCAAAGAAUGCUGGGUAGACCAGAUCUGAAAAUGGAGUUGUUUCACUUGAUGAGUUUUCUUCUGUCUUACUGCACAAGCAAGUGGAAAGCAGCAAAUGAUCAGUUGCCUUUUACGGAACAGGUCUGCGAUCUACCCUUUGUUUUCUUCAGCGACCCUGAGUUGACUCCAAUCUUGGCUAGUACACUCAUGGCAGCUUGCUAUGGCUGUGAUCAGAACAGAGGUCUGGUGCUUCAAGAGCUGAGUGUAGAUAUGCUACUCUCUCUCCUCAAAUCCUGUCGACAAAGUUUGCUUGCUGAUCAACCUGACAACUCUCUGCAAGAGAAUUCACUGGCAAGUGAUCUAUGUGAUGGAACCCAACAAACUCAAGAGGCUAAAAAACCCCAGGGUGACAACAAACCAAAUCGUAAAGGCGCUAGAUUUGCUUUCGCAAAAGGAAGCACGUCGAUUAGCAACAUCAAAGCGACCAAGGCAAAAUCGCAGAGGGAGCACAGAGGAACAAAGACUUGCGAUGAAUGGGCUUUCAAGCACAAUUUACCAUCCUCGGAAACUUCUCACACUUUCAUGUUGCACCAGAGGUUUCCUACUAGUUUCCUGGAUAAAGCCGAAGAGUUCUUCACCUCUGGCAGCUUAGAGCUGCAGCUUUAGCAGCUGCAGAUUUUAAUUGCGUAUCUCAUGCGACGGAAACUUCUCACACUUUCAUGUUGCACCAGAGGUUUCCUACUAGCUUCCUGGAUAAAGGCGAAGAGUUCUUCACCUCUGGCAGCUUAGAGCUGCAGCUUUAGCAGCUGCAGAUUUUAAUUGCAUAUCUCAUGCUCAACACAGGCUCAGGAGAGGACUGGCUUGCGUUAAGGGUCUGUUUAGAUGACAAGAAGUAUUAGAAGUAUGAAGUAGAUCAAAUAAGCAACUUCAAAAAAUAUUUAAAGUAGGAAGUAGUGGAAGAAAUAUUUUUAAUAUUUGUUUCACAUACUUUUGGAAAUAGUAGAAAUAGUGUUCUUGCACUUCAUU